ACUAUUGAGGCAAAGAAAGUAAAUAUGAAAGAAUCAUCGACAAGGAGGAAAAAUGUCGGUUAUGACAAAACUGAGUUAAGCUCAUUGCAUAUUGAAUAUAAUCAACCCCAAGACUAUGAACAUCACAUCGCUGAAAAUAAAAUUGAUUCACCUCCUCAUAGCAAUGUUAAAUCAAGUUUAAGUAACAAAGAUCAGAUACGUAACGUAAUGGGAAAUUAUUCACAAGCUACAAAAGAUCAAAAUUUAUCCAAGAUAGUAGUAAACGAAUUAAAAAAGGGCAAAGAAAUAAUUGGUGAUAAAAAUGUGAUUCCAAUGUCUAAUAUAACAUUUACUCCAGAAAACGACACUCUAACGGCGAUGGCAUUCAUAGCUGGAAAUUUACUUAAUAAACUUUGGAAUAUGGAUAAAGUUUCAAGCGAAUCUUUUGAAUCUGAUUCAUUGAAACACCAAAAAAUAAAUGAUCUCCUUGAAUUAUUUAAAGAACCACUAAAUGCGAGACAAGAAAUGUUUUUGAAAAAUGCACUAGAAAAGCUGUCUCAUUCUCUCAAUAAAAAUAAAAAUAUGCGUAAUAUUACUAUAUGUGAAACUUUGGAGACUGAGGAUUUAGAAAAUAAGUCAAGUAACACUAUUUUUGAUGUUAACAAUAAGUGCAACAAAAGCAAAACAAGCAAAUCUACAGAAAAUAAUUUCAACAAACCAAAAAACACUGAUUCAAAAACUAUAGAUCAUUCCGAUGUUGCGGAAAAGUUAACAGAUGUUUUAAAUUUAAUAAAUAAGUUCGAUAAUACUCACAGAGAACUGAACAGUUUGAGAGAAAAGGUAGAUUCAGCGUCAAAGCAAUCUUCAGAUGAGAAUUUAUCAGAUAAUAAUAACAAUAAGUUUAAUUUAUUCGGAAAAGUUUUAGAAAAGGUAACGAAACUAUUGUUACCUUACAGGCACUCUAAAAGAAUGAUUAACAAAAUAAAUAAACUUCAUCAAUUGAAAGAUGCACAACAGUUAAAGGGCAAUGUAUUCGGUAGCUUAUCAAUCUCUGCUAAAGAUACAAUUAUUUUAGAUUACCUCAAUCAUAUAAAGAAUAAUCCAAACUGCUUACUGAGGAAAUUAGCUGCUAAUCCAGAAAUUUUCGACGAAGAUCUAAUAGGCAUAAAAGGAAACGUAAUCGAAAGUAUUACUAAGUUGCUUAAUGGUAAAUCUUUAAUUGAUAUACAGAAACUAAUUGUACCUCAAAAGACUACUCUGGGUACAUCUACUACCACACAGCCUACAACUACUAAAGGUUUUCAGCAACUAAGAAAAUCUAAAGAACUAGAACCAGUAAAACUUACUUCAGCUAAAGAAAGGCUUAAAACCCACCUGCAAUCCAUUAUCUAUGAUUUAGUUGAACUACAGAAUGAACGUGGCAAUCAUGGAACAGAAAUAAAUAUUACAGACAUCUUACCAUGCAUAAGUCAUUUAAUUGGUAACAAUAAUAAAAAUAAAGAAUCUUUAGAGAUGUCUCCAACUAAGAAGAAUAAUGGUUUACCCAUAGAUAAUAUUGAAAAGUUAAUAGAUGCAUUACAAGUAGAGUUUAGAUCUACCUCCUUCACAAGAAGAAGUGACGUGGGAGAGCGAUCAACAUCAGCUAGAGUUUGGGAGCGUAUAUUAAAAAACAUAGAUUUUAAUAGAAAUAAAUCACGUAGAUUUCAGUUGGAUAAAUCGAAGUCUUACAGUGAUUUAAAGAAAUCGAUAGAAAACAUCGAAAAACUAAGUGGUACAUAUAAAAACUAUGCGUUGUUAUCUGUUAUACCCGCUUAUAAAAAAAGAAUGUUAUUAAAGACCUUACAAGCAGAUGUAACAAGGCAUAGUAAUGUGUUAGCUGAAAUUCAAAGUUCAUUUAGUAGUUUGAAACAAAUAUCUCCUGAAAAUUUAAAAGACGUUGUAGAAUUUAUAGAUAAUACAGCAACAAAUAUAAAGUUAAGCAACAACGUACUUAGAAAUAUAAAUAAAACAAACUAUAAAAUGCAAAAGCCAUUUCCAAAAUUGUUAGAAUUGAAAUCAGAAAGAACGCCGCUAAUCCAAAAUUACAUUAAACAGCAAAAUAAUAGAAAUAUAAAGUUAACUAGAGAACAGAUAAUGAAUCAACUUAUGCUUAACCGUAUUCAGCUGUACCUAAAAAUGAAAGAAGAAGAUGGCCUCAAAGAGAAUGACCUCAAUUAUAACAUUGGAAAACGGGCUUUGGAAGCAUUACGUAACGGUAAUAGUAGACUUGCUAAGGAGCUCUAUCAAAUCUUAGUAGAAAGCAAAUUGGUCAGAAAUAUACCACAAGCAAGACGAAUGGGUAAGUAA